AUGUUCUGGAACAUGAUCUUCUACAUGGUGUGCUUGGCCUACUUCACUGACUGCAAGUUCUUCGAUGCAGAGCCAAAGUUGGACAUGGUCCAGUGUGCUGCCAAAUACGAGGAUUUUUACGGCUUCUGCACUUACAUGCCCUGCUUCUUGCAUCUCUGCCGCGCAUACUAUGCCAUGUACUCCCAGGGCGGAAUGGUCAUUUUCGGCGAUGGUUUCUGCAUGGGCAGCAGCAGCUUAAUCCAGAAGAUGUCGAGCAGACAGAAUGUCGCCCGGUAA